CCUCAUGACGUGAAGGACCCGAGACUGACCAAGAAUGCUGCAGAGGACUUUUUGAGUAGAGAGAAGAGGCUGGAUGUUCUCAGUGAAUCUCAUAUCAGCACCUUCCUUUUCACCCAGACACUUUUAUCUCUCAUGAUAGAGACGUCCAAAAUGCCAGACUCGGAUGUCCGUCUUGUCAACGUUGCGUCAAACGCACAUCUAAAUGGCCCAUCCGCAAACCCUGACAUUCGUUUCCAAAGCAUUGACGAUUUCAACGGCGAAUAUAAGGAGAUGUUUUGGCCUGAUUCAGGCCGCUACGGAGUGUCGAAACUCAUGAAUGUCAUUUAUACCACCGAGUUGCAGCGCCGCCUAUCUACCAAGUCGAUUCCUAUCACCUGUAUUUCUCUUCAUCCUGGAAGUGUCGACACCGGCUGGGCGUGGAGAGCCCCCUACCCUCGGCUCGCGACCAUCGUUUUUAAGAUCUUCUUUAUCGGGCCUGAUCAGGGGGCGUAUACGUCUUGUUUUGCUGCCGCGUCCCCUCUCGUCAAAGCGGAUCCGGACAAAUAUAAAGGACAAUACAUCAGGCCCGUGGGGAGGAUUGUGGCCAAGAACCCGAAUGUUGCGAAGGCUGGUCUUGCUGAAGGAGACGACUGGGAAGUUUUUGCUGGGGCUGGCUUUAUACAAGCCUAUGUCGGAGUGGUUGUAAGCUCGACUGGUUCUAAUUGCUUUACAUACGGAAUUUUGAAAACAACAUCACAAAGACAUUUUGGAAGUCAACGCUCCGGUAUACGAACUUCAUAUCUUUCCACCGCUAAGCCGUCUCGGGUACUUGCUUGCUGCGCACCGGGUAGUUGCUGUCUGACGUCAAGUUGA